GGGUUACCGCGCCCAUCUCUGCUGUUUGAUGGCCGGAGGAAGAAGCGACUGAGAUCCUGGCGUGAAGGAAAGAAACAGAAGGGGUCGACGACGGUUGGGAAAGACGAGAAGGGACAUUUUCUUUAAGUUUGGAAUUAGCGAAGAAGCGCCGGGACGAGUAAAAGGCACGUUUACUCCUCCGUCUGGGUGAAAAACCGCCUCGUCUCUGCGCCUCCGUGCUGGUGUGUCUCCCCUUCAGUGGGUUAAAAAAAACUGGGUUCGGGGAGUGCCGCUCCUCGGUGGCUAAACUUGAUAAAUCUGAGCGCCUGGGCCGAGAGAGGAGAGACAACAUUUAACUGUUUCCAGUCAAUGUGAUACAAACGACGGAUACCUUCGACUGAAAGCGGAUCAGCAAGAGUCCAGGCGGCGGAGCGAAGCAGACCAUUAGCAGAGGAAAAUGAGUGAACUGGAUCAGCUACGCCAGGAGGCUGAGCAGCUCAAGAACCAGAUCAGAGAUGCCAGGAAAGCGUGUGCGGAUGCUACCCUGUCCCAGAUGACAGUCAACAUCGACCCCGUUGGCCGAAUUCAGAUGCGCACCAGACGGACACUGAGGGGGCAUUUGGCUAAAAUCUACGCCAUGCACUGGGGAACUGACUCAAGGCUUUUGGUCAGCGCCUCCCAGGAUGGCAAGCUCAUCAUUUGGGACAGCUACACCACGAACAAGGUCCACGCCAUCCCGCUGCGCUCCUCCUGGGUGAUGACGUGCGCCUAUGCCCCUUCUGGGAACUACGUUGCCUGCGGUGGCCUGGACAACAUCUGCUCCAUCUACAACCUGAAGACCCGUGAAGGAAACGUGCGCGUCAGCCGCGAGCUGGCCGGACACACAGGUUACUUGUCCUGCUGUCGCUUCCUGGACGACAACCAGAUUGUCACAAGCUCUGGAGACACCACCUGUGCUCUGUGGGACAUUGAAACUGGUCAGCAGACAACUACAUUUGCUGGUCACACCGGUGACGUGAUGAGUCUCUCGCUGGCGCCGGACAGCAGACUGUUUGUGUCUGGAGCCUGCGAUGCCUCAGCCAAGCUCUGGGACAUCAGAGAAGGAAUGUGCCGACAGACCUUCACCGGCCACGAGUCAGACAUCAACGCCAUCUGUUUCUUCCCCAACGGCAACGCCUUCGCCACGGGCUCAGACGACGCCACCUGCCGGCUGUUCGACCUGCGCGCCGACCAGGAGCUGAUGGUUUACUCACACGACAACAUCAUCUGCGGCAUCACCUCCGUAGCAUUCUCUAAGAGCGGCCGCUUACUGCUGGCUGGUUACGAUGACUUCAACUGCAACGUCUGGGACACUUUGAAGGGCGACCGCGCAGGUGUCCUGGCCGGUCACGAUAACCGGGUGAGCUGCUUGGGAGUGACCGACGACGGCAUGGCAGUGGCAACAGGGUCCUGGGACAGCUUCCUCAAGAUCUGGAACUAGAGUCCGAAGACGGCAUCCGGACUCCAAAUUUGAGUGCAAGACCAUUCCAACAUCACAAUGUUCAUUUUUAUUGCAUAUCCAAUCUUUUUUGAAAGAAAACAAACAAACAAACAAACAAAACACCAUAAUACUGACUCCAAACACCCCUCAACAAAAACUAUCAAGGGCAAAAAUUAUCUCCUUCUCUCUCUCCUUCUCAUUUAAAAGAGCACAAUUGUCUUUCACUCAUUCAGCUUCGAAAAAAAAAAACUAUGAAAAAACACAAAAAAAAAAGCUUGAGGAAUUUAGUGAUUUCAAAGUGGGCUGCUGGGGGGAAACGUCUCCUUCGCUGGUCUGGUAUUGUAGUAACUGGGGGAAAAAACCGAAAACCCCGCCACUGCUGCACCUCACCACCAGUGUGUCCUGCAUCGUCUCCAUGCACGGGUCAGAGUGAAGGCUAGGGCGUGGCCGCGGUCCAUCUCUUCAUAGCUUUUUGACCAUGUUUUGUUCCUCUGUUCAUCGUUAUACUUUGUCGAAGAGAGGUAGAUCAGCGAACUGUCGCUUAAUGUUUAAAAUGAGGAUCAAAGCUUUGUUUUAUUUCCUAGUCUUGACACGUUUUUUUUUUUUUUCUUUUUUCUUUUUUUCCCCGAGAAUGUUUUUAGGCAGAAAAGCAAACAAACCUCGCGACCGCGUCAUCGUUAAGUCCAGCUUUAUCCCACUGGAGAACAAAGUGAGAGAAUCCAGCUUCAACAGGGAGUCCUCAAGCCACAUCUCACCCUUCUGUAUAUUUAGCUCCAUGAUACUUUAAUGGUUCUUUUUUUUUUUUUUUUUUUUUUUUUCUUCUUCCUCCAGUGUAGUCCACAGAUCUUUGUUUGCACAAAAAUUAAACGUUGCAUAUAUAGGAUAAUGUCUAAAGAAAAAAAAAGUUAACUAACCAAGCACAUGCUGUUUAUGAUAAUGAAUGCUUGUUUUUAAAAUGGAAAAAAAGAAAAACAACAAAAAAAAAAAAACACAUCUUAACCAUUCUUACACCUUUCUGUCUGGCAACAGUGUAGAAUAAUUAAAUGAAGAUUAACCCAUCGGAUCAUAAUCCACCCUGCCCCGCCCCUCUUUUUGUUCCUUUGCCCCCCCCUACCCAACUUUUAGUUUAGUCCCCCCCGGUUUCUGUUGCCCGUGGUCGGGACCGGUGAUGUGAUUUGGUUGAGUAGGGACUACCUCCACUUUAGCCUGGUUGCGAUCCGGACGUUUGUUUUUAACAGAGGUGCCCAUUCCGUGCUUGGAAAUGCAGUUACUACUCUGUGAAUGACAUGUUGUAUAAAUCAAUGUUUGAAAAUAAUGAUAUUGAAACUUUUUAAGUUAAAAACGAGAAAAAAAAAAGAUUUUGGUUGUCUGCCAUGGGUGGGUUAUCUCUUAGAAUCGCAUGCUGUAGAAUUGCUUAAAAGGUGCAUAUGGAAUUAAGUCCUUUUGAUGUUUUUCUUUAAGAAAAUAACCUGUUGAAUAUAUCAAGACAAUGGUAUUUAUAUUUUUCUUUCUAUUCUUCCUUUUUUUUUUUUUUUUUUUUUUUUUUUUUGCUACUCUGUGCAUACAUGAUUCAACUGAAAUGUCAAAGCUAUGCACUUGAGAAGCAAACCCCUCGCAACAUAAAACGGUUACUCGGUCCAUUCUUGGGAGGGAUUCCACAAAUUUUAGAAGUAACAUAAAUGCUUAAAUUGUACACACAUGCUUACAUGCAUUCAUUCACCUAAACGCAUACAGUCCAAAUGGAACAAAUCAAUUUUCAUUCCUUCUGUAGCAACACAAAAUUCCAUUUACAGAAACAUUUUAUAACAGUUUUUUUUUUUGACCUUUAAUAGAAAAUGAGAAAAAAAAAUCUUGCAGCAUUUGAAUGGCAGAACUUUCUGUUGUUCCUCUUCUCCUUGUAAACAAUACGCUUUUUCUUUAGCAGUAGUAACUUUUAUUUUCCAAUCUGUUUCUUUCUCUCUGCGACAUUCUGUACAAAAAAAAAUGUGCUGUAAUUGUGCGUUAGGCCUGGAGUUGGCAAAAAUAAAACAAAUAAAAACAUUAAAAAUUAAUUAAAUUCCUUUUUUUUUCCUUUUCUCUUUCUCCAUCAAAUAACUGUAGAGCUCUCCCCCCCCCCCCCCCCUGUCCCCCCCCCCCCCCCCUUCUUCACCUUUUGUAUUUAAUUUUAAAAGUCAGUCAGUGUACAACCGAAAGCUGGAUGCAAGAUAGAAACUAUAUUAAAAUGUACUGUUAUUUAAGAUGUAAUAAAAAGCAGUUUGAGAUGACCUACUGUGUUGAGUGUGAUUCACUUAGAGCGAUUCCCACUGAAGCUAGAAUGUUGCAGACUGUUUUGGUUUCCUUGUAAUUAUGUUCAAGUCAAAUAAAAAAAAUUUCUUAUCCAC